AUGUCCUCCACGCUGCACGGGAAACUAGGACAGAUCUUAAUGCCAUGUUUCCUGGUGAGCGUGGAGAACCCCCUCCAUUUACCAUGGCGGCUGCUGCACACGCCCGACCGGGCGAGACGCCGGUACAUCAUCUACAAGGCACCCAACGUUACAGACAAAACUACGGGUUUGGAAUAUAUUUACAUUGAUUCAAAGGACCAGACGAAAAAGACCUCUACAGAUCACAAUAAGCUCAUCAACCAUCCUGACGGUGUCCUGGCAAACACCCUGAAGCCCAUUUUAAAACCAAUCCCACCAACGACAACAGACUUUGGAUUCAUCUCCUACAGCGACCAACCUCCAGCUGUAAAUGGUGUAACACCUUCUGUUGCCUCUACGUAUGGUCACAGUAAAGGAGUUGUGAUGAUAGGUAAACCCACAGGAGUCUGGCUCUUACACAGCACACCACGAUUCCCUUUCAAAAGAGAUAAUAACUUCUGGCCACCCAGCGGAGCAGCGAAAGCUCAGACGUUUAUAUGCGUCACAUUCAAAUACGAAGAGUUCGAAAAGAUAGGUCAACACCUGAAGGACAUCGCAGCUUUCCCAUUUGAUCAUCAUAUUCCACCUGGCUUCCAUCAAGAGCUUAUAGAUGUUAAAGAGAAGAAAAAAACACCAGGACAGAAAAUCCAGGAUCUGACAUCAGCAGGAGGAGCAGACUUUCAGAGCUUUGCUAAAAAACUGUAUGAAUAUAAAGGCGGAAAAUCAAGGCGUCGAAGAACCAAAACCCCACCCAAACCCCCACGCAAACCCAUACCCAAAGCCAAACCCAUAACCAAAGCCAAAGCCAAAGCACCUUCUCCAGCUAAACAGGCAGCACUUAAGGACCCAAAGAGAUUUGAUGGAGAUCUUUACCGCGCUAUUGCAGAGAAAUACGACACCGAUGUCCGAGUCCAGACCUGGGGCUGCCAGGCAGGUCGCGAUGGUUCCUACUGCGUAAAAAAUCAACGUCAAGUGAUCAAAAUUGAAUCUGUAAAAGCUGAUCUGGGUAAAGGGGAUGUUAGGUGGAAGGCUAGUAAUGAUCAUUCCAAGUGGUGUGUAGGUAAAGAUAAACAUUUGAUCUGUAUCGCUGAUGUGAACAGAGCACUCAGCCAAUACCAAAGGCCGGGGGGGGCACUGUGCUUUAGACAUCAACAGGCCAGUGAACUAUUUAAAGGUCUUAUUACUAGAACCGAGCCUUGUCUAAGUUUACCCGGGGCCACUUUAUAUAAGCGUGGCGUUGACUCUGACCCUGACUGUGACAUGGACUGUGAAGCUGAUAACCCUUACUGUGACCCUGAGCCUAUGGAAGUUGAGUGA